GAUUGAUUAACAUGUUAAUUCAACAAACAAAUCCAAAACCAAACUGAAAAAAAUCGCGAAAAACUCACAACAUUUCCAUGUCUCGUCGUUUCUCACAUCCCACCGGAGAAACCCCGCGCACAUCCCAGAUCUAACAACUCACUUCAAAACCCUAACUCCAUGGGCGAUUUCAAUCUCGCUCUCCUACUCAUAGCAAUCAUCGUCUCCUUCCUCGUUUUCAUCAUCAACAUUUAUCUCCUGAUCAAUUAUCAACACCCCGAUGAUAAGAACCAAGCUUAUUUCCCCAAAUUUGUAGUUGUUCUCGGCUUGACUGUCUCGCUUUUGUCGAUUCUCAUGUUGCCUGCUGACGUGGCCAAUCGGCAAGCUUGUAAACACGCUGUUUACAACGGAGCUUGCAAUUUCACGCUGCCGAUGAAGGAUUUGUGGCUCGCGGUUUAUAUCGUUGAUGUCGUGCUCGUGUUUUUCUUCGUUCCAUUUGCGAUGUUUUAUUACGAGGGCGAUCAGGAUAAGAGUGUAGGGAAGCGGUUGAAGAGUGCGUUGGCGUGGGUGGGUACGAGUGCGGUGGUUGUGGCUCUUGUGCUCGGGAUUCUGUACGGUCUUGUUGGAAAAGUAGACUUCACUGUUAGACACCUCACUUCUGCCACAGAGUCCUUUCCCAGUACUUGGUCAAGUUUUACAAGUGGCCAGCAAUGUAUUGGAAAUGGUGCACGUGAGUGUUCUGCAUUCACUGGCGAUUCUUCAUUAGAAACAACUUGGACAAAGCAUGCCACUUUCCCAGAAUAUAUUGUUGCUCUGGCCACAAUUGUUGGCUCUGUACUUUUCUCAAUAUUUGGCGGUGUUGGAAUUGCUUGUUUACCGCUGGGACUUAUCUUUUCCUUCGUAAGGCGUCCGAAGGCUGUUAUUACUCGCUCACAAUAUAUCAAGGAAGCUACAGAACUAGGUAAGAAGGCCAGGGAAUUGAAGAAAGCUGCCGAUGCUUUGCAUCAGGAAGAAAAAAGUGGAUCUAAAGGAAGCAAGUGGCGUAAAAAUACCAAAGCAUUAGAAAAGGAGGUGCAUCUUCUUGAAGAAGAUGUCAAGGCAUUAGAAGAAAUGUAUCCUCAAGGUGAACAGGCCGAGACAACAUGGGCUAUGACUGUUCUUGGGUAUUUGGCCAAACUUGUGUUGGGAGUUUUGGGGUUGGUGGUGUCAAUUGCUUGGAUUAUACAUAUUGUGAUAUAUCUAUUGAUUGAUCCCCCUCUUUCUUCAUUUUUAAAUGAGGUUUUCAUUAAGUUGGAUGACAUUUGGGGUCUGCUGGGCACUGCUGCAUUUGCAUUCUUCUGCCUGUAUCUUCUGCUUGCUGUGAUUGCUGGGGCAACGAUGCUGGGCUUGAGAUUGGUUUUUAUCACCAUACAUCCUAUGAAGUGGGGAGCAACUCUCAUGAACUCCUUUCUCUUCAAUGUCGGUCUCAUUCUUCUUUGCUCCAUCAGUGUCAUUCAGUUCUGUUCCACUGCAUUUGCAUACUAUGCUCAAGCUACCUCUGCUCAAGAAAUAUUUGGUCACACCUUGCAAUCUCUCCGUGGGAUCAAAUAUCUAUACAAGUAUAACGUGUUCCAAAUUACAUUUAUUGUUUUAGCCGGAUUGACAUUUGUGUACUACGCAGCCUUGGGCUGGAGAAGAAAAAAGCCCAGAGGCAGGUUCCAACUUUCCAGUUGAAGAGGUUCCGUUGUUGCGCGUAACUAAUAUACUAAUCUUCUAACAGAAGUUCCACUUGGAAGGAGGAAACCAGGAAACCAGUGGAUACUUAACGGCUCUUGAUGUAAGAGGCGAUGUAAUGUAUAGUGAUGAGAAGUGAGAACUGAGGCAUUAUACGUUUACAUAAUUCUUUAUUUUAUGACAAGUUUUUUACUUGACUAA